AUGGCGUUUUUGGGUGGAGUUUUGCAUAGCAUUCAGCCUAAAUUAGGCCAGCAUAAAGGUGAAAUAAAUAAUGCACUUAGCACACUUAAAAGCACAAAUCUUAAUGGUAUUACUAAAUACAAGGCGGCGGUAGCCGUGGUGGCCAGUGGUGUACGUACAUAUAAUGUGAGAGUGGCAGCGUCGAAUGAGAGUGUGAAAAGUGUUAUUACUACUUUGCAGGGACAGGUUAACGAGAACUUCAAAAAAGCGGUGAGUUUCAUAUUGAAUGAUAAUGGUGUUUCAGGUGCGCCGACAAAUUACAGUGACAAGGACGUCACGGAGGCCGAAAGGCAAAUUAAUGACAAACUUCAGCAAUGCCAACAAAAUGCUACGACAUUUAUCACUAAUUUAGACAUUAGUAACACUUCACGUAGCCCACAUAAAGAAUCAAUCACUGACCUAAAUGCUAAAUUAAAAGAUACGCUUGAGAACGUGCGUAGGACAGUGGAGUAUGAGAGUGCGCGGUUGGAGGGGGUGAAGGUGCAAGAGGAGAAGGUGUUUGAAAAUACUAAACGCCAGAUUACCGACGUGCUUAGUAAUUUAAAUGUUCGUGUAGAUUGCAGCAUAAGUGAACAAGUGAAAUUGCUUGUUUCUAAGUUGAAGGGGAAAGUUGACCCUAUAUUGGCCGAUUUAAAGGGUAUUGAUAGUAAGUUCGCAAAGAACGUUUUCGAAUUGGAGCAGUGGAUUGCGAACGCUGAAGCCGCCGUCAAGGCGGCGUUAGAGAAGGUUGAGGCUGUAAUAAACGAAGUGGAUGAAACUAAAAGGAAGGCGAAAAAUAAGCAAGAAAUUGAGACAGCUGCGGAGUUCAUCCGGGGGCUGUCCAGCACGCUGAAUGACGAUUUUGCGUUGAAAAAUGAACAAUUUAGAAAAGCUGUUGAAGCGAUUAAAAGUGCGACGGAGCAGCUUAAUCAGCUUCAUACAAGUGUUAAGGGGGAGGUGACAGAUAAAUUGGGACAAAUUCAGCAGCAUCUGGACGUGAAGGAUACGGAACUCAAGGGUAAAAUAAAGGGUGAGAUGAAGACAUACGUUGAAGAUAUUGUUUUUAAAAACAUCCGUAGAGAAGUGGAGAAGAUAAAAAAUGGAGUUCAGAAAGAUAAUGGUAGAAGUGGUGUAAAUGGAAAUAGUAUAGAAAAGAGAUGGGAGGAACUUAAGGAGCAGAUUAUGCAGCUGGUUGGAGAAAUAAAUGGUCCUGGAAUUACUGAUGAUGCAGAGCCGGUGGACAAAUAUAGAGGUAUUAAAGGUAUCAGGGAGAAGGUGAAAGAAUUUGCGAAUUCGUUUAACAAGAGGAAUUUUGAGGCUGUAGUGAAGGGAUGGAUAAGAAUGAUUUUGGAUAAAGAUGAAGUCGUUAAGAAGGCUAUAAGUGCUUACGUUUCCGCCAGCGAGCCGAACGCUUUUAAUACGGCAUAUAUAAAUGAGAGCAAUAAAGUAAUUGAGGAAGAAGGCAUCAAGCAGAUCGCACAUGAAAUUAAGGAAAAGCUUAAAAACGAUGUCAUUACCAAGGCUGUCGCAGCGUUCGAAACUGUCCAAUCCUCCAGUACCGACAACGAAAUCACAAAGAGUAUUAGAGCCGUCAUGAAGGCUUGCGAUGAAUUUGCCGAUAAGCUGAAUGCCGAACUUGAGAAUGAUACAUAUAGCUCGUCAGGUGUAAACUCAUUUGUCUGGGGAAUAAUCGAGGCAGUUGACAAAAAAGUGGAGAAUGGAGGCAACAGCGGCAAAGCUGGCAAGCACAUGCUCCGGGGAGUUGUUCUCUCUAUUCUCCCAGCACUCCAGUCCUCUGCCAGGAGAACUGCCAAAACGCUUGAGCGUUUCACAUCUGACACAAAGGGUCAAAACCUUGGCUUCAACCUCGGCUCUUCUGUAGAGGCGGCCAUAAAUAGCGUUAUUGCAAUUGGCAAUGAAUUCGACGUAUCAGAUAGAACCGGGAAAGGCUACGGCAAAAGACUAAAUGACGCAUUGGCCGCCGUGAAAAAACAGAUUGAUGAACUGCACAAUAACCUUGACACGGCGCCACAAAGAUCCAGAUCCACCGGCCCGAAAAAUAUUCUUGGUGAAGAUAUAUCAGCAAGCAUUGCGACGAAUGUAAAGUGGGCUACAGUCGAUCCCCAACUCGGCAAACUUCUUAAGGACACCGCAGACGCCGGCAUCCAGAAGUUCCACGAAAAGCUCCAACAGGAAGUCGUUGAAAAGAUACUUGACCCUGUCGACAAAGAAGUUACUAAACAUGAGCAAAGCGCCAACAAGGCAUACACUGACAUUAUCCAGCGCGUCAACGAAAUCACCGGUGGGCUUUUUCAAAUGUGCAACGCAAUCAAGCAGGCCGCAUCCUCAGAUCCGCAGAGCGCUAAAGCGAAAUUGACAGAGCUAAGAGACACGUAUUUCAAGCAUUACGAGAAAAGUAAAAAAGAUGCCAAUGAAAGCAUAAAGAAGAUACACAGUCAGCUUAGUGAGCUCCGAAACGAGCUGGCAAGCAAACCGCUGCAAUCCACCGAAAAAUUACUCUCCUUCAUCGACACAGCGGCUGGCCAAGUCACUAGAGAAAUGCAGCGUCAGGUGAAUACUCAGGUCAAACAAGCCACCGACCAACUCACCACCCACGCGCGCAGGCAGUACGUCGAGGCCCUGAAGUUCGCGCUCCGGCAGUUCGCCGACAAGGUGACGGAGGAGCUCAGUGAGUUGCCGGGGGAGAUUGAGAACGACAAACACAUCGGCCUGAAAGGCUUCAUGGAGGCCUUUUACGGCGCUAACUCCGGCGACAAUAUUAACAAGCUUCAAGAUGGCAUCGAUCUCCGGACUGUCUGCCAUGGCUUCGAAAAAUUCCUCGGGCCCCUCAACACAUAUAUGAACAGCGAAAUAGAUCGUCUCAAAGAGGAGGAACACAAGAAAAAUCCUACGCUUCAGAAACCUCAAGACCCAUAUAGCAAACAACUUAAUAAUGUAUACUCCAAACUUAGCACAGUAAUUGGUCACAUUAUGAGUAAUAAUUAUUACGACCACAACUUACCCACUAAGCUCGCUGAACUCACUGCCACAGUCGCCGACCUGAAACUAGACGGCUUCCCCAACCCGGUCACAGGAAUGCUGGGCGGCAUCUCUGGCGGCUGUCGGCAGUUGGUGGAUGUGCUUGGCGACGUGUACAUCUCCAAGUACGACGGUCUGACGAUUAAGUGGGAGAAAGAUGAAAAGACAAAUCAGAAUUGCGCGAAAGCGUUUUUGACUAUCUUGCCCACUAUCUUCCACGGCCUUCACUGGUUGUUCUACAACGGCGGUAACAAGUGGCAAGAUUAUAAAGUCGCCGGCAGUGCAAAUGGUGACCGAAAAGCAGAUGAGCUGAAAACAUAUCUGACCGAUGCAGGUUACGAUAUUCAGCAUCUGAGAAAAUCACUUACAGGGAUGGGUGUGACCGGGAAGUUGUACAAGGGCUUCCAUAGGCUUGGUGAAUUUAACAAGCCGCCAAAGGACUUUGAUUCUAUCGAAGAAUGCACACAAUAUUUCAAAAAACAUGAAGGUCUUUUAUCAAGACUCUUCGACCACCUCCAUGCAUAUUACAACGUUUGUCACCUACCAACUUCCCACACUAAGCAUCCCACUUCAGUAUACCAAAUGCUCACAUGGCUUAACGGCCUGCCGCAUAAUCCCGUAUACGACGCAUUAUCCUUCGACGGUUUUAAUGGCCUAUUUGAGAAACCGAAGCAAGCGCAGCCCGAAACUCAGGGAGACGAUCCCACGGUUGAAGUCCUCGACGACUUGUCGCUGCCUGCUCACCCAAAUCCGAUCACUCCUGCGUCGCUGUCUAACGCUCUUACAGAGGUAUGCUCCCAAGCCGAAGACGUAUUGCUUUCAAUUCUCGGCUACGGUCAUGAUGACGGCAUCUACGCCGUUGACUUCAACACUAACGAAUGUAAACUAGACUAUCCCGGUAACCCCGGUCAAUGUUUAGAUUUACUUCUAGAUAUAUUGCGUAGAGUGUUCUAUCAGUUACGCUUCCUAUAUCAGCAAUGUUCCAAUACAACGAAGCUGGGGGGUUGGAAAGAUUGCGUAUACGGCCAGCAAAUUGGCAACUCCGGCUGGCAGUGCAACUCUAUCCAAUGUCCUAACCAAGAGUGUAAGCUAAAGGCUGACCAAAAGGGUGGGCAAAAGGCCAACCAAAAGUGCAACCAACAUCCUCAGUGCGGUGUCAAAUCGCCUCUGCAAUCCUUUUUGGAGGAUGGCCUGCAAGGCUUUUUGCCGCAUACAUUUAGUAAACCCGGUUGUAAACUGACAUGUACUGUGAAAAAUCAUCACGGCAUUCCAUGUGUCACUCCGAUGGGUUUCACCGAGUGUUCCAUUGUUGCGUCGCAUACUAGUAAGGGCUCCCGACUUUACCUUGCGCUUAAGGAAUUUUGCGGCACUGCAUCAUCUCCCCUCACUAAGUUAUGUACUCAACUGAAUUGUCUCUUGCCUACCGCUCCUAAAACACUAGGUGAUAUGUUCUCGUUCUAUUACAAUUUCAUUAAUAACUGGGCAGGCAGCGGUAGAGAGCACAGAUUGGACGCAUUUAAUACAGCUGUCACUAACGCAAAUUUCCAGAAUGAAUAUGUCGACCUCGACCCUACUGCAAUAAUUGGUAAAUUUGGACAUGUGCAUAGCCGAGAAAAAGCCGACCUGUGUAGCCUUGUAUGUACCGAAAAAUCGGCAACCACGUGCGGUCCAUAUCUGCAAUCCCUUAACAAUGAUAUCACAGUUGCGUUUGCAUCUAAGCACGCAGCCAAUUACCUAUCAUGGAUCGUAUACGCUACAGAAACAUUUUAUGACCUGCUCAAAAAAUUAUAUGAUGACUGCUGUGGUACGUGUGGCGGCGAUACGCCGAAGUGCCGAGUUGCUCGUGGACAACAUACAUGUAAUGUUGCCAAUCAGCAAAGCUCCGACAAUGACAGUGACACAUGUAACUCUAUAGUUAAAUGCCAGCAUACACGUCCAACCAUAUACAAAUACGGCUUUGUACAUCACGACGUAGUAAGCCUUGCCGGUCAAACAAGGAGAACAUGUAAAGAUUUCUGCAACGCACUGAACAAGGUUCUUAACAAAGAAGAGAAAAUAGGAGCGAGGCUUGCGGAAUUAAUUUAUAGGACAAUUCCUGAAUUCUUAUUCAGAAUUCGUGAACCAUUCAUAUGGACUCUCGUAGCCCUCUGGUCCCUCUCUUUGCUCUACCUGCUGCACAUCACCGUCGUCCGCCUCGACGUCCUGAGGAUACGCUCCCACCUGAGAUCACCCUCAAGCCACCGCAUCGCCGCACAGUCCCUCCUCGCCGCCGCACGCGUCAAGGCACUCGCCAACGUCAAGUACUUCUCACCAUAA